AUGCUUUUUACCAUAGCUCUCCCUGUUGUGGUGUUCUUGUUCCUUGUCGUUUCUCUCUCUUCUAAAUGGGUUCGUUACAGGCAUGACAUUCUUCCCAACCGGAAGUGUGUCAUUGUCUCUGGAGCUGCAAGUGGCAUUGGUGAGGCAUUGGUUCGUCAACUGCUCUCUCAUCACUGUCGAGUGAUUGCCGUUGAUUGUAAUGAACCUCUUCUCUCACAACGUCGACAAGAGUACAUCAAGAUGGGUCUUUUAAGGAACUCUAUCGAAGACAAUGACCACAACAACAACAACCAUUCAAAGGAAGUUUCGGGGGCAACCUAUGAAACACAUUCCUUCGAUCUCUCAAGUGUCACUUCACAAGACAUUCAACAACAACUCUUCUCUGAAGGUUCAGUGGAUUCUGUCUUUGUUUUGGUCAACUGUGCUGGUAUUUCAUAUCCUCGAGACACCAAUUACACUUCAUUGGUGGAACUAAACGAAGAGGUGGUCGAUAAAAUGCUUAAAACAAAUGUGACAAGUCACAUGAAAAUGACACGUGCUGUUUUUCCACACCUCUCUCGAUCCGAAGGUCGUUCAAAAGCCUUGAUUAUGAAUGUUGCUUCUCCAGCCGGUGUGUUAAUUCCACCAUUUUUGGGAACACCUUAUGGAGUGACAAAAGCUGCGCUCAUUGGUUGGAAUGACGGUAUUCGAAGAGAGUUGAGAUCGAGUGGAAUUGAUGUGUGUUGUGUAUUUCCGGGAUUUACCAAGACUGGAAUGGCAUUUAAGGGUUCCAUUGAUCCUCAAUCGGAAUUUUCUCAAGAAAUUGCCAAUUGUCAACAUUCUUUUGGAAAAAUUAUGGACACAUUUGGACAAGAUCCCAAUGAAGUAGCACAAGUCAUGUUUUCUAAUUUAUUCUCUUCGAAUCGUGGAAAACAUGUCUAUGUGGAUUCAAAUGGAAAGAAUUUGGUGUGGCCUUUCCUUGCUGCGAUUCAAAGCUUAUGUCCAAGUGUGAUUGAUUGGUUGUUAUUGAAAUUGACUUGUUUGAAAUAA